AUGUAAAAAAUAAAAUAAGACGACGAUGAAGAGUUCAACUUUAGAAGGCAGUUUGAGAUUUAAUAGAAUGUAGUGGAGCCGAAGCAACUCUCCAAAUUCAAAGACAUAUUGAAUCAGGCUAUUGAUUUGAAUAAGAGAAAGAAAAACGAAUUGGCUACUUACAAUAGAAGAUAAGUAACUGAAGAAAGCACAAAUUAUACUCAACAACAACUCGAUCUUAUACAAGAGUAGACUGACGAAGUUCUAACUUAUUAAUAAUACUUGAAGACGAAGUUAGAUGAAAUCUUAAAGGCCAAGUUAUUAACAGAUAGGAAAAUCAAUUACUACUAAGAUAAUCUACGUCAUAUCAAGACUCAGCCUGAUCAUGUUCAAAGAGAACUAGAUGAUUAAGUGAAGAUGAUGCUCAAGAAAACCUAAACUUUGACUCACCAAUUUCAGAAAGAGAUGGAAUAAUUUAAGAGUCAGUCUGAAAUGAAUCAAGAGAAGUAUUCCAGAGAAGUGGAAAUUUGUGAAUAGGAAGUCAAGGAAAUCCAGUUGAAAAUAAAAAGAUGUAAAUAAAAGAAUUCUGAAUUAUUAAAAUAAAUUCGUAUGUUAACUGAACAGGAAGAAUAAAAGAAACACUAAUUAUAGGAGUGUUUCAAAAUUAGUGAGUAUAUUGAAUUUUUUAUGGAUGCCAAAUUAAAUGUUGUUGAUUAAAUAUAAGGAAAUUAGGAUUAAUAAUAAGAGUUGGGUUAGACAUUUCAACAAUAGCAAAUUGAUAAGACAUUGACAAGACACGAAAUCUUGAAUCAAGUGGAUGAAUUCUAUAAGACCUAAGAUAUUGAUCAAUUGACCAAAUAAAUUAUAAGCACUUAUCAUUAUCUGUUGGAACACCAGAAUAUGCAAACUAAUGAAUACAACUUUUUUACCGAGGAGAAAGCCUUAAGGUAACAACAAAUCUUGCAAUUGAACUAUGAAUUAUCUCAACUCAAGAGCAUUUGCAAUAUUCCGCUUGAUGACCAAAAUAAUUUCGGUUCCUAUAAUAAUACAAUUAUCGAAGGACCAUAAAUCAUUCAUGAAAAUUAUUAGUUGAAUUUUCAUUUACAUGGUUAUCAAUUAUGUAUAAUAACCAUAUACUAGAAAUUGAUUGAUAUGAUCCAAAGAUUAUGUAUCAAUGUGAUUUGGUUAUCAGAAACCACCAAAUCUAUUCCCAAAACAUUGGAUAAUAAAUGCAUGCAAUAUCUCAAAAAUUUUACAAAGACUGAUUUCAAUUUAUAUGUUCCACUUGCUACUUAGAGUAUUCAUGUUAAUAAAUCCACGACCUCUAAACAUUUUGGCCAAUACGUUUGUAUUGGAAAGAGGAAUGGCAGUAUUACUAGUGAAGAGAUUCCUAGUGAAUAAAAAAUUGAAUCCAUGACAAGAUUACCUAAUGAACAAUUAGCCAAGUUUAAAAUGCAUAAAGAUUAUGAAUUUAUUAUCAAUUAAUGGAAUGAUAUCAUAAGGAAUGAUUUCAUUACCUAAACUCUACAAUUAGACAUUAAUUUUGAUAAUAUUGAUAUCACAUUAAGCAACCAUGAAAUUAUAUGUUAAAUGUAUGAUCAAUACUCUAAACUAAUUAAAGAAGCUGAUAUAUAAAAACACUUUUAAAUACAAUUUUCAUAUUAUAGAGAUAUUAUGAGACACAUUUACAAAAAUAAUCAAAAUUUUAAUUUUAAAGCUUUGACAUUGAAAUAAAAAUUCAGCAACGAAGUUACUUCACCUUAUUUGUUGUAAAUUAAACAAAUUUAAUUGAAGAGAUUGUAGGAAUAGGUCAAUAAUUCGAAUCUAGAUGAUGAAUGCAACUUUAAAAUGCAUUCAAAUAGGGCUAUUAAUGCAUCUGAUGAUAGAAAAUAUCAUGAAUACUUCAUUCAUCAAAGUUCAAAAAUCAAGAAACAAUUUCCAGCCCUGCAUGAAAAUUUAGUUACCAAAACUCUAUAAGAUAUUGAUGUUAUGAGACAAAAGGAAUUGAAUGAAAAUUAUCAAUAAUCUGACUAGAUUUCAUCAGACAUGGAUUACUUGAAUUAAGAGAGGAGAAAUCUAAAAGGAAUACUUAGUAAAUAGAAAUAAAAACCUUCAACUGCUCAUUCCUAAAAAUCUAAGACGGAAUCACAUGAAACUUCCAGCACUAAAACCAAAAUUAUUAAACAAGUUGAUUUAUUACACAAAAUAAACAAACUUUCAUCCUAAACUCGUAAAUUAGAAACCAGUAAUAGUUUCAAUGCUGAUUUAAGUAAAUUUACUUAAAAUGUGAAAAGAAAAAUAUCUGAUUACUUUACUUAAAAAUUGGAUAUGGAUUUUUGUCAAAAGGAAGAAAGUAGAAUUCUGUAGAAGCCAAGUUAAUUUGAAAAAACUCUCUCUGCAUCCAGAUCAGUCGAUCCUUAUUCCAUGACUCCUUAUUCAGAAUAAGUAUUCUCACUAGAUCGAAUCGAUUCUUUCCGACAGAUCCAGGAUUCAACAUAGUUAGGAAGUGCCAAAAAAGACAAGGCCUUUUUAAUAAAAAGAAAAUGA